AUGGACGUAUCCAUCACUCGCCAAAUGGUAAUGGACCAAGCACAUCACAAGGAAGUCAUUGCAGCAAUGGCAGCAUUGGGAGAAGAGUUCUUGAUGAGAGCCGCAACCAGAGACGGAGAGCCCGAUAAUGAAGCCUACAAAAAGUGGUCCAAGCAACAGAUUGCAAAGACCGAAUUCCAAGCACUCAAACAAGCACUCACGGCCACCUACGUUGGACUACAACAAGGAAUGGAGACAGACACCAAAUCAACAACUGGCAAAACUCAACAUGGUCCAAUACGAAGGAGGCAUGAUGAUGUAUGA